CAAAAAUGAUCAAUUUAAUUUGUCCGAUUUCUUAAGUUGAAAACAAACACGUGUGUUAAAAUUGUUUAAAAAAGAAACAAGUGAAAAGUGUAUUUUACAUCGAAUUAGUUGUUAAUUCUGAUUAGAGAGAAAAACAACUAUAAAUAUCUAAAGGAGUUUGUUUGAAUAAAACGAAAUAAAAAAAAGAGAGAAAUAGUUUAGUUAUCCAAAGUUCGUCAAUAAUGGCAGAUUGUGAAAAAGAAAAAGAUAAAGAAAAAUAUAAUAAUAAUAAUAAUAAUAAUAUUAUUAUUAAUUAUAAUAUGACACCGGAUUUCAAGAAUAAUAGCAAUAAUUCUACCAUCUGCAUAGAAAGUGUUAGUAGUCACAUGGAACAUUGGAAUUGCAAACUGCAGGAAAAUAUUAUCAAAGCAAACGUUCGUUCAACGUUGGAUACAAACCAAGAUCUGAGCAAUUGUCAGUAUCUCAAUCAACAUUAUUCUCGUAAUUAUUAUUAUCAAAAUCAUUAUCAUCAUCAUCAUCAUCAUCAUCAUCGACGGACCAACAACAACAAUAACAACGAUAGCAGCAGCAAAAAUUACAACGUUCCUAGCAGUAGAAGCAACAAUAACAAUAUUACAAAUAAUAAUAAUAAUUUGGUGAAUAAUUCAACGAAGGAACAACCGGAAAUCGGGAUGAAGGAAAAAAGUAAAACAGCGGCCCGAUGGCGCCGUGAAAAAGAAAACAAAGAAUAUCUUGAGCUUGGAAAACUUUUACCUUUGCCAUCAACCAUUACAUCGCAGUUGGACAAAGCUAGUAUCAUCAGGUUAACUACUAGCAAUCUCAAAAUGAGAGCACUCUUUCCACAUGGUUUGGGAGAUGAUUGGGGUAGCAGACCACCACCUAGUAGUCCUUUGGAAGCUGGUAUUAAAGAAUUAGGUUCACUUUUCUUGAAAACUCUGGACGGUUUUGUAUUCGUCGUGACACCUGACGGAAAAAUUGUUUACGUUAGUGAAACGGCAAGCGUUCAUCUAGGAAUGUCACAGGUUGAAUUAACGGGCAACAAUAUAUACGAAUAUAUUUGUCAGAGUGAUCAUGAAGAAAUGUUUUCGGUAUUGAAUCUACCACAAAAUCCAGCCGAUUUUACCGAUUUUAUGUUUCCACCGCCAAAUUCGAGGGGUGAAAUCGACCUAGAACGUAUUUUUUUUUUAAGAAUGAAAUGCAUCUUGGCUAAAAGAAGUGCAGGACUUGUUACAGAAGGAUACAAGGUUAUACACUGUUCGGGUUAUCUCAAGUGUAUCAUUGAAAGUACAACUGGUUCGGAAUAUGAAGAUGGUACUAGUAGAUGUAUCAGAAAUAUCUGUCUUCUUGCCGUCGGCCAUUCCUUUCCGACGUCCGCCAUUACUGAAAUCAAACUUUACAAUAAUAUGUUCAUGUUCAGGGCGUCGUUGGAUUUAAAAAUGUUAUUUAUCGAUUCGAACGCAACAAAUUUAACAGGCUACACACCGCAAGAUCUCAUGGAGAAGACCCUUUACCAUUACGUUCAUGGUAGCGACGUUUUUAAUCUGAGACAAGCACAUCGAGUCUUGUUAUUAAAGGGUCAAGUUACAACGAAGUAUUAUAGAUUCUUGACAAAAUUAGGCGGAUGGGUUUGGAUGCAGUCAUAUGCUACGAUCGUAAACAAUACCAGAAGUUCUAGACCACAUUGUAUAGUAUCGGUUAACUAUGUUUUGACCGAAAUAGAAAAUAUAGGACUGGUAUUGAAUUGCGUUGAAGGACCUUGUUUCACGGGUCCAAGUAAUCCAUCUGGUACGGCCCUGUCAACACCAACGACUAGCGCCAAUACAAACAAAAUGGAAAAUCAAAUACCAAGUUCGCCAUCUUUUCGUGGAAGAGUCAAGGAAUCACCGGAUACGGAAUAUACCGAUAGUUCUAGUUAUUCUGGUACAGAAUUUAUUACAUGUUCUAAUUACUCCCAUUUCCUUUCUUCUUCAUAUCCGGUUAAUGGACCAAUGCUAGAAGAUGGUACUUACUACAAUUCCGAAGUUUUUCAUUUAUACGGAGAUAUAAAUCACGAUCCACUUGCUACGGUACCACAACAACAACAAGAAACUCAUCAUCACCAAAUAUUGCAUCAAACUAGUCCUCAGGAUAAUUCGAAACGUUCCCAAACGCAACAGGAACAACCUCAUCUUCUACAUCAUGGUUCACCUUUGGCUAAUAUUCAACAACAACAGCAGCAGCAGCAGCAGCAGCAGCAACAACAACAACAACAACACAGUCCUCAAAGUAAUCAACAGAGGAGGCCAUAUUCAACGUCAUCGAGUUCUUGUGGUAGCACCGAUACAAUCGAUAAUCAUUUACCUAGUCCAAUUGGUUUACAUUCUAUACCAACUGGUUAUCAUCCUCCACCACCACCUCCACAUCCUCAUCCUCACCACCAUCACCAUCAUCACCAUCACCAUCAUCAUCAGCAGCAGCAGCAUCAGCACCAGCAUCAACUUGCUGAUUCAACAUCGUCUAGGAUCACGGAGACAGGUGGUAGUGUUAUCAUGUAUUCUGACUGUAGUUAUGAUAAUAAUGACGUUUAUAAUGGUGUACCAACUCCUACGAAUCUUCAACAUCACGAUUCACCUUAUCAUAGGAAUACAACAAACAAUUCUACGAGUAAUAAUGUUAAACAACAUCGUCAUCAUCAUAUAGAACAAUCAACAGCUGGUUAUACCAGUGUUAUAGUUGACUCUCAACAAUAUAGUCCAAAUGGUACUCAAGAUCUUAAUCCUCAUUCGCAUAAUCAAAUAGUCACGACUAACGGUAGCACGUCUCCUCUUGUAACCCAUCAACAUUAUUAUGAAACCCAUCCUCAAUUCGUUCACUGACACCAAACGAUAAUGACAGAAAUUUUUAUUCAAAUCAUUGAGACAUUGACAACUUUAAGAAUUCAAUGAUCUCAUUUUUUGGUUUGUUUUUUUGUUUUGUUUUUUUUAUUGUUGUUGCGUGAUAACCUUAUGA